CUCGCUCUCUCUUUAACUUUGUCCUUCACAUCAAGAGCCUCUUUCUCUCUCUCUCUCUGAGCACCAAGUCACGCUCUCCCUCGCCUUAAAAUAAUUGCAUAAACCCAUAAACCAACGACAAUAUUAUAUGGAGAAAUCUGAAAUCUGUUUGGGGGGGCCAUAAGCCAAUAAUCCAUAUACUUUCACCUUCUCCUGCUAUAAUGUAGCAUUUCUCUAAUCUAAUUCCACGUUUUAUAUACUAGCCCACACCAAAUACCCAUCUCUCUCUCUCUUUCUCUGCUUUUUGUUUUUGCUGUAGAGAUAUUCUCUCCCACCCUGCAAGCAAAGCAGCUUUCACUUUCUUUUUUUGUUUUUGUUCUUUUGGGUUCUCUCUCUACUUUUUCUGUCUUUCUCUCUCCUUUUGGUUUCUGGGUUUCUGUGCUCUCUCAUUGAGAUCUGCUUCAAAAUGGGUUUUCUCCGAGGCACUUGCACUAGCUCGAGGGAGCCACCUAAUAGCCCAGAUGCUCCAUACUCUUCCUCUCUACCUGCAAAUCGAUACUGUCACUAUAAUGACCUCAAAGUAAAGACCAUUUUGAGAAAGAUGAUUUGGGAACUUGGGUUGGCCUGUGUUAUCCCACCUCGUCUCAGGCGAAGCUCUAGCAAGAAGCAGAGCCAAGCUGACCAACAUAACGACAUUAACAACAAGAAUUUGGAACACAACAAGGCAUGGUUGCUGGCAGAGUCUGGUGGGUGUGGCGCAGAGUUGACUAGUGCUGACCCACAAUCGGUUCACUCAUCUUUCAGGUUCAGUUUUUGCUCUCAGGUUGAGCUCGAGUCUCUGAACAUGAAUCCUUCGACUGCUGCUACAGUUUUGAUGGUGAAUUUGGAUAGUGGAAUGACCGAGUCUCGAGCAACAGCGCUUAAGUGGCGCAGAAUUGAGUCAUUAGAGAGGAGCAUAUCCCCAGUGGCCAAUACUCUGAUCAGAUUCAGCUAUGGUGAAAUUCUUUCUGCUACCCGCAAUUUCUCCAAAGGCAGAGUUUUGGGAAGAGGGGCUCUGAGCUGUGUUUUUAGGGGGAGAGUUGGGCUUUUGAGGAGGGCCGUGGCGAUUAAACGGUUGGACAAGGAAGACAAGGAGUCUGCAAAGGCAUUCUGUAGAGAAUUGAUGAUUGCUAGCUCUCUUCACAACCCAAAUGUUGUUCCUCUUGUGGGUUUUUGUAUUGAUCCAGAGGAGGGCCUUUUCUUGGUGUACAAGUAUGUAUCUGGUGGAAGCUUAGAGCGCCAUUUGCAUGGGAAGAAGAAAGGUGUAAAAGGAGGUUCUUCACUUCCAUGGUCUGUGAGGUAUAAGGUUGCCAUAGGGAUUGCAGAGGCGGUAGCAUAUCUACAUAAUGGAACUGAGAGAUGUGUUGUUCAUAGAGACAUCAAGCCUUCUAACAUUCUCCUUUCUUCAAAGAAGACACCGAAGUUAUGCGAUUUUGGAUUAGCCACAUGGACUUCUGCACCUUCAGUUCCCUUCCUUUGCAAAACUGUCAAAGGAACAUUUGGUUAUUUGGCUCCCGAGUAUUUCCAGCACGGGAAAGUAUCGGAUAAAACCGAUGUAUAUGCUUUUGGGGUGGUCUUACUGGAACUCAUAACUGGCCGGAAACCAAUAGAAGCAAGAAGGCCGCCGGGAGAAGAGAACUUGGUGCUAUGGGCAAAACCCCUCUUGCAGAAAGGGAAAGGAGCCAUUGAAGAGCUGCUUGAUCCACAGCUCAAAUGCACCUUGAGAAAUUCAAAUCAAAUAGCACGGAUGAUUGAAGCUGCAGCUCCCUGCAUAACCAAUGAAGAAUCUCGGAGGCCAAGCAUUGAAGAGAUUAUUGCAAUAUUGAGAGGUGAAGAAUCACCUGUUUUCUCUAAAAGGAAGAAGCCUGGUUUUCUUGGAAAUGGAUGCGUCAUUGAUUGUUACCCCCAAUUACAGCAAACAAAUAGUGAGAUGAGGAGUCACUUAGAAUUGGCAAUGCUAGGAGUUUCUGAGUUUGAGGAUGACGAUCACUUUUUCUGUCGAUGAGGCAUUAUACUUUGAACUUAAUUUCUGGAAUUUUCCCAUUAUUUUUAACGUUUGCUUGCCUGAAGAGAGUGCUAGAAAUUAGAAUUGGAAGAGUGUUGAAUUUGUAAGUAGGAAAGGAGUCUAAUGAACGAUUGGUGUGUACAUAUCUUCCAUUUUACCUGUCCCUGUUCUCAGAGGGAAGAAGUGUAAUAGAUCGUUUCAAGUUCAGAUUUCCCAUGAA